AUGAGCGGCAAUGCCUUGUUCCCUAGAAGUCCAUCAGUCCGCAUCAACGUCGAGGGUGCCCGGAUCGUUGAAGACGACGACACGCCGCAGACCGGUCGCGACAUACAGUUCCCCUUUCACGAUGAGGCUAUCAGUCAUAUAGCGGUCGACAUUGGUGGAUCGCUGGCCAAGGUCGUCUACUUCAAAAGUGACCAUGAUUCAGGCGUACGUCUCAACUUUACGCGCUUUGAGACAGCCGAUAUCCAGGAUCUCAUACAUUUCCUUGGCAUCUUGAUUGAGAAGCGGCGCGCAGCGAGCCUCAAGCACAGCAACAUCUGCAUCAUGGCUACUGGCGGUGGUGCUUACAAGUUCUAUGAGAUGAUCAAGCAAGAGCUUGGCGUCAACAUCUAUCAAGAGGAUGAAAUGCAAUGCCUCAUUGUGGGCCUCGACUUCUUCAUCAAUGAGAUUCCAGGAGAAGUCUUUACCUUUGGCAGCGAAGCGGAGCCUAUGAAACUCAAUAGUGAUCCAGUACAGUACCCGUACCUGCUCUGCAACAUCGGUUCCGGCGUAUCCAUGAUCAAGGUCUCAGGGCCAGACAGCUUUGAGCGUAUCGGAGGUUCUUCUCUUGGUGGAGGUACUUUGUGGGGUCUGCUCUCUCUCAUUACUGGUGCCAAGUCUUUUGAUGAGAUGCUGGACUUGUCUGCCCAAGGCGAUAAUACAAAAGUCGAUAUGCUCGUCGGCGAUAUCUAUGGACAAGGCUAUGGCAAGAUCGGACUCAAAGCAAGCACCAUCGCGUCAACUUUUGGCAAAGUUUUUGGCAUGCAGAAGCAACACGAGCCAGACUCCCUUUUUGGACCUGAAGAUGUUUCGCGUUCCUUGCUCUAUGCCAUCUCGAACAACAUUGGUCAAAUUGCCUAUCUCCAAGCACAAAAACACAGCAUCCAACACAUCUAUUUUGGUGGCUCCUAUAUUCGUGGUCAUGCACAAACAAUGAUGACACUGUCUUAUGCCAUUAAUUUCUGGAGUGGUGGUCAAGCACAAGCCUACUUUUUACGGCACGAGGGGUACCUCGGGUCCGUUGGCGCCUUCUUGCUCAAUCCACACGCGCAAGAACUCUCAAACGAAGAAUUGUUUGAUAUGAUUUACGAAUACUGGUGA